AUGGGCGGCAGCAGCAGAGUUCAAAAUGCAGUAGUUGUUGUAACGGCGGUGUUGGUGGUGUUGGGAAUGAAUGUUGAUGGGUUCAGCACGGAACUGAUUCCCCGGCAUUCUCCCGCGUCCCCGUUUUAUAACCCAUCAAGAAGCCACUACGAGCAUUUGCAGGAUGCAAUUCAGCGAUCACGGAAGCGAGUGAAGCAUUUCGAGAACAAACUAGAGGCCCCUCUGAGUCCGGCCGGUAUAGAGUAUCUGAUGCGGAUAUCCAUCGGAACUCCGCCGGUGGAGUUUGUGGCAGUAGCAGACACUGGGAGUGAUCUAACAUGGACUCAGUGCCUGCCAUGCACACAAUGCUAUAAGCAAAACUUCCCCAUCUACGAUCCCCGCCGUUCGUCCUCUUACAAGACCAUCUCAUGCAAGGCUGACGUGUGUUUCGACCUACAAACCAUAAGCUCAGGUUGUGACCGAAACAACAGCACAUGUGAGUAUCUUUAUGGAUAUGCCGACAGUUCCAAAACCCAGGGAACGCUAUCCACUGAAAGUAUUACCAUCGGCGGAACAGUGAUUCGCAACAAUAUAUUCGGAUGUUCACAUCUAAGCACGGGGACUUUUCCGAGCACAGCGAGCGGCAUCAUAGGGCUUGGUGCUGGCAAACUUUCCUUGGUUUCUCAGUUAGGUGAGUCUGGGAGAAAAUUCUCCUAUUGUCUAGCACCAUAUUCUUCUAAAUCCACCACCAGGAUAAGCUUCGGUUCCGAUGCCCUUCUUUCUGGUGUCUCAACUCCUAUUCAGAGUGAUCCUGCCUUCGACGCCUUCUACUUCCUCUCUCUUGAAUCCCUCAGCGUUGGCAGCAACACAAUCCCACUCCCGUCAUCAAACGGAGGGGGGAAUAUCGUCAUUGAUUCUGGCACAACGGUCACAUUCCUACCACAAGAGACACUUCUUCGAUUGGUUUCGGCUUUGGAAGAAGCCAUAAGGGUUCCCAAGACGACUGACCCUACCAGUACAUUCAGCCUUUGUUACAGGGUUGAGGGGGAGAGUGAAUUUCCGAAUGUGACUGCAGAUUUCAAGGGGGCUCGAGUGGUGCUACGCCCAGUGAAUACCUUCGUAGAGGUUGCAGAUGGUGUGGUGUGCUUGGCAGUUUUGCCAACACAACGAGUAUCUGUUUUUGGGAACAUUGCUCAGACCAACUUCUUAGUGGGAUAUGAUCUUGAUGCUCGCGCUGUCACUUUUAAGCCUACCGAUUGUACCAAAGCCAAUUAA